CCCCCCCCCCCACUUAUUGACGUCCAUGUCAGCGGAGCGUGUGUUGUUUAACCUAUUCUGAAUUUAUGGUUCGCAUCUAUUAAAGGAUAUACUAUUGACAUAACCCUACGUUCUAUUGUAUUCAAUCACUGAAUGGCGUGCAUACAAAACGUACUGUGAUGAAUAGACAUUUGUGGGAAAAAGGUAGAAGUCAAUUUCCGUGUGCCCAGUCGUAUAUGUAUAUGUUGUGUGAAACACGGAUAUCAUAAUAUACAGCAUCAUUCUCUGAUAGAAAGCGAUGUGAGCAGAGACAUAUAUUCGUUGACGAAGGAGUGAAAUCAUUUGUCCUAUUUACUUGACAAUGGAGUUGAAGCAACCUGCGGCAACAAACGUCAUGGACCAAAACCAAGAGCCCGAUAGUCGUAUCAUCAUGGCAUCAAAAGCGGGGAACGUCGAAGCGUUGCGACGCGCUUUGGGUGCGGAACCUGGAAAGGUUGACACACCUGAUAGCAACGGAAUGUCACCACUCUUCUUAGCUGUGAAGGAGGGUAGUCUACCAUGUGUGAAACUUCUCGUCUCGAAACAUGCUGACGUGAAUAUGAAGGCUAGGUCGCCACUAGUCGUAACGAGGGAGUUAGAUGAAUCGUGGGCUCUGGCAGACUAUGAGUGGUCUUUGUCGCCAUUUCUUCUCGCCUGUCGGCUCGGUCACCAGUCCAUAAUCGAGUUCCUAUUCUACAAUGGUGCAGACUUAUGUCAGACCAGUGUUGAAGACGACUUGAAUUGCUUGUCCUUAGCCAUCAUGUAUAGUCGAGAGGAGACUGCCAAGUUUAUUGUGACCCAUACGACUUACGAAACUCUCUUGUUCUUGAUGAAGACAGUGUCACGUGACCUGACUUUGGGACGUUAUUCUGAAAGGAUCUCGACGCCAAUGAGACAGUUAAUACAGUACAUGCCUGAUGUAGCAGGGAUUGUAAUGGACAGAUGCAUCACGCUGAAUGAAAAUGAUGAUGAAGUCACGUGUUAUCUUGAACUUCUAGACGACUUCUACUCCCCUUGGGCUCGGCAAAACAAAGAUCGCACCGAAGUCUUUGAUGGCGAUGGUAAUCUACUCGUGCACCUUGAACCCAGGCAUACUCAAAACAAGAAUAGUCAACAUCCAUUGGCACUUAUGCAAGAACAGGAGCGUCACGCCAAUCUCCUGACCCACCCUCUCUCCAUCAAACUCAUCGAACACAAAUGGCGCAUCCUGGGAUCGGCUUUAAACUUGGCCUCGCUCUUCGUCUAUCUAAUCUUUCUUGGUUUCCUCACCGGCUAUGUCUUGGUGAAUCCCCCUUCCUUCUACGUCAAGUUCUUCAACAAAACGAACAUCAUCUGGUAUUAUGAGCCGGAUAAGCUCCUGCCCGAUGAAACUUACUCUGAGGCUUCCAAGUACUUUUUCGGGGUUAACAGCACUGGAAUCUUGUUGACAUUGGUCAUUGUCAACAUUAUCAAAGAGAUAUUUCAGAUGUACAGCCAGGGUCGUAGCUACAUUAAUUACCAGAGCCUUUUGGAGUGGUUCAUCUACGUACUUACGUUUUUCCUGGUUAUUCCGGUCAGUGGAGUACAGUACGAGGAAUACACGCUAAGAGAGAAAUGGCAAUGGCAAUGUGGUGCACUGGCUAUUUUCCUGGCCUGGAUAAACCUUGCCCUCUACGUUCGGCAGACAUCGACCCUUGGCAUCUACGUCAUAAUGUUUGAAGACGUUCUUCGAAGCACAAUUCAAUUUCUGGCCGUCAUUUUGCUGUUCAUGAUUGCAUUUGCUCUGGCAUUCAACACGUUACUACUAAACCAGACGGAUUUUCACUCUUUUGGGGACUCCUUCCUUCGGACGUUUGUCAUGACGACAGGUGAACUGGAUUUUAGUCGGGUAUUUCAUUCUCAGAAUUACCUGGGUACGAAGAAUGCAAGUCCAGUGGAGGACUUCAUACUAACAGCUGUCUUCUCAGACGUCAUCACAAGUGUAACGUUGGUGGUCUUUGUCAUCACGAUGCCCAUCAUCGCAAUGAACCUUCUGGUUGGUGUGGCUGUUGAAGAUAUCCAUCGCAUACGACAGAAGGCAACAUUCUAUUAUAUGAAACUCAAGGUGGAUCGAGUCAUAUCAGCAGAGAAUAUGGCACUCGGUACGAUCCUAGGUAAAUACAUCAUUAGAUGGCUCCCCAUCACGGUUCAAUACCUGAAGAUACAACUGUCACGCAGGUCUAAAUUAACUCGGUUUCGAACGUGGUUUACUUCCGUCGUCGAUUUUGCAGAACUUCGAGAAGGCUUGAGGGCGGUCUGUAAGAGGAACCAAGAGAGGGAAGAACUUCGGGCCCAGAAGUCAUCGUGCAGUUAUAAAGACCAACCCGAUGGUGGGACAAACCAAACUCUACUGCAGAAACUGUGUCAAAUGCGAGACGAAAUAAACGGUUUGAUAAGUCAAGUCGAACACAGAACCGAUUGAAGGUGUUGAGAAUUCAGUUAGUGGAGAGUCGAAAUCCUGUAGGCCUUAGUCAAAUUUCUGUAGGCCUUAGUCAAAUUAAACAUUUUAUUAUCAUACGUGACUCUCAGUGAUGUUAUGUGUCACCUUUAAUAUUAAUAACUUUCUUCUCUUGUCUCCUUUUUUCCCCUUGAUUCUUUAUUCUUUCCUAAUCUUCUUCUUUCCUGUCCUAUUAUGUAGUAUUCUGUGAUUUGCGUGGUACAAAUGCAAUUUCUUCAAUUAGUCUCUUUGGUAUAUUUCCCGCCAUUUAUGUUUUCCAAAUUCUAUUUCACCAGGAAUGCUGUCUUUUUGUUUUUACAGCUGUACUCAAUUUAUUCAUGUCAUCAUUAAUUAGUAUAAAUAUGUAUUAUGUUUAUAUCAUUCAAAUGUAUUUUAAGUAUGAUUUUUGUUAUAAAUUUAUGUAUUUUUUACAAAUGUUUUAUUAAAAAUGGAAUCUUAAUAUAGUGAAUUGAAUUGAAUUUAAUCAAGUUUGACCAGAAAUGAUGGCAUAAACUGUGUACAUUAUGUUCACAAGUAAGAUGAUCAGCAUCAGCAGCAACAACAACAACACAACAAUAGCCUUUUGCAUGGAUAAAAAAAAUAUCAACGAGAAGAAAAAAAAAAAGCAAAAGCAAAAGCAAUUUUGAAAAAAUGACAUCAAUAUUUGUUAUAAAAAACACUGUUAAUGAUCGACGGAAGAAAGGACCCACCCUUACGUACAUCUGCAAUGUAUUGGAUGCUCAAAAAAUAUACGUAUAUAAAUAUAUACGUGUACGUGGAGAUAACAAGGGUCUAAUGCUUUGAGAAAAAAAUAUUUUAUCCAAACCUAGACGUAAUGAUUUUACAAAAUUUAGACAGAUUUUUAAACUAUUUAACAUAAUUUAUAUUGAACAACUGAUAUCAUUUGUUAAUAUGUUAGGUCUACUGUAAUAAUAAUAAUAAUUCUGAACAUACCGCUUACGAAUGUUAUCAAAGGCUGUACAUACGAGAACACAAUAAACUGCAUCACCUUGUACUUUGAGAUCACAUAAGGAACACAUUUCUAGAGGCUGACUAUAAGGCAAAAACGACAUUUAGUGAUGGGGAGCUUACUAUUACCACAUCGAUAUUUACAAAGAGAUGUAUUAUCACUAUAAUCCAACUUUAACAGAUAUUUUCCGUACCAAAUUCCUGUUUUAAAAUCCUGUAAUUGAAAAAUAAACGAUUUCGAUUAACUUCUUCAUUCCAGUUUUACAAAUCAAAGUCAAUUAGUCUACGAUCCAUAGAAGAUUUUACCCACUCUAUGUUUAAAGGGAUGUUUGUUACCCAUAAAUUUGACAUUUGGCUCAUGUUUAAGAUAAUUUUAGUUUUCUAAAUCCAUCUCGAUUCAAAGUCACAAUUAUCGUACAGUUUGCGUUCCAAAUUGUAAAUAGUACACGAGAGUUUAGAUUUCUUUCCAUGAGUAACUCUUGCCAAAAAAGUUACCAUACGCCUCUCCACUUUUACUAGUUAAAGCAAAUCUACGAACUUCACCAUACACCAUAAAACUUGCAGUACCACGAUUCAAUUGAAGAAAUUUGAGAAAUUUCCUAUAAAACACUUUAAUAUAGUCUAGUUUCUGCAACCACCACACUUCACACCCAAACGAUAAAUCGGAACAUUUAAUUGAUCGAAUAGCUCAUAUUAAAUAUCAAUUGGUAAGCACAAUUUUCAGCCUAACAAGUGAGAUGAAACAUGGCUCUCCUGGCUUGAGUAACCUGCUUAUGUAUUACUUGUCAUUGUCAUAUUUUCAGUGUUUGUUUUGGGUGAAAAUUACUACCAUCUGUAUUUCUGUCUAAAUAUUAUUUUGCACUUGAAAUAAUGUUGUCAUACUUUCGUAUUGUUGUAUCAAGAAAAGACGCUGUAAAAAUAAUUGAUGUAUAAUCAGAUACAAAUACGGAUACUAUUAACAAACAAAUUGUCAUCAGAUAGCGCUAUAAGGUGAUAACAAUAUGUAAACAAGCUGCAACAUACAGUUAAUAAUAUGAAAUAGUUAAAUAUCUGACUUUUUUCAAUAGAAUAAUAGAAUAUAUAAAUAUACUGCAGUAGCAUAAAUAUUUAACUCCAGAAGCAGACCUAUACUCAUUACAGUGUUAUUUCAAAAGUAGAUGAAAUCCUAAUAAGUUUCUUUAACGUUAUAAACCUCAAAUUGUGCCAACUGAAAAGCUAUUAUGCUUACAAAUUUAAGAAGAAGCUCUAUUUAAAAGUGGUAAAUUUUCUAUGAUUGUCGCCUUUAAGAAAAAUAGGAUUUUAAGAAUAAGUAGCUUGAGAAUAACUUUCAAAUAGAGAAGUUAUGUCCCUUUUCCAACGGUGCAUUUAAAAGUACUAUUAAUGAUUUGGUAAUUGAAGAAUUACAACGUAAUAAAGUAAAUUGAAUAAUAUCUUGUCAGAACAA